AAAAUGCCGAGUGUGACUGUCGCGCUUGCCGUCGUUCAGUACCUGCUGUGCAUGAAAGAGAACCUUGAAAUUACACGGUGAAAAGUCAUGACAUCGAAAACAUUGUGCACGUAGCGACGAAAUGAGGCAAAUCGUGUCGUGACGUUAAGGAACGUGUCUUGGUCGCCUGAGAAACGCUCCCAAGCUGAUGAGUUCAACGUAACUGUGCUCACGCGGCAGUAGACAGUUCCCAAAACAGUUCUCCAUCCACGAUUCAAGAAGAGGAAACGUUGUCAUGGCAGAUCUCGCCUUAGGAGAGCUCAGCAGCGAUCAGACUGAAAAAGUACUACAGUUUCAGGACCUCACCGGGAUCGAGGAUUUGUCAGUAUGCAGAGAUGUCUUACAGAGGCACAAUUGGAAUUUGGAAGUUGCAGUCCAGGAACAACUGAACUUGUAUGAAGGCAGACCAUCCAUGUAUGCGCAAGACUCGCGGUCCCGCCCACCGCAGGUUGUAGAUGACAGUAGUUCCAGAAUUUAUUUCAAUUAUCCCGGUAGCUCUGGCGGAGGCGGUGGUCUCUUGUCUUACAUUUUGUCCGUGUGUUACAACAUAGUGAGCAGUAUCCUACAGCUAGUUUUUGCAAUAUUUAGGACAAAUGUUAGACCUGUGUCCUCCGAUCCAGUGGAAGAUGUAGUCAACUUUAUUAGGUCUUACGAGGAGCGUUACGGUAACAUUCAUCCAGUAUUUUACCAGGGCUCCUAUAGCCAAGCUCUUUCGGAUGCAAAGCAAGAAUUAAGAUUUCUAUUGGUAUAUCUCCAUAAAGAUGAGGCACAAGACAUCGAUCAAUGGUGCAGAAAUACAUUGUGCGAUCCGGAAGUAAUUCGAUACAUAAACACGCACACUCUCUUUUGGGCGUGCAAUGUAAAAUCUGGAGAAGGCUACAAAGUCGCCGAAGCAUUGAAGUCGGGUUCUUAUCCUUUCUUAGCGCUGAUCGUAUUGAAAGACAACAGAAUGACGAUAGUCGGUCGAAUGGAAGGUGCACCAUCUUCCGCUGAUUUAACGUCACGUUUACAAACCAUCAUAGAACGUAAUGAAAUUAAUUUGAUCCAAGCACGCCGAGAAAGGGCAGAACGUAGCGCUGCGCAAUCGCUUCGACAACAACAGGAUCGUGCUUACGAGGAGUCGUUGCGCGCCGAUCAAGAAAAAGAUCGCAGGAGAGAAGAAGAGCGAAAAGCACGUGAGGAGCAAGAAGCCCGAGAAAAGGAAGAACUAAACGCGCAAGAACUUGAGAUUCAACGUAUACGACUUGAGAAAGAACUGACUGUUAGUAAAGUGCCCCUUGAACCAGAACCGUCAAAUCCUAAUGCGUGUCACCUUCAGAUCAAGCUUGGAGAAAGGACGAUGAAAAGAAGAUUUCUUAUGACUGACACGGUGGAGGACGUUUAUUAUUGGAUAUUUAGCCAACCAGAUUCCCCAGCAAGUUUCGAAAUAACAACAAGUUUUCCCAGAAGGAUUCUGUAUCCUUGUAGAGACAUUUUGACCCUGUUGGAUGUUGGUUUAACCCAUAGAGAGGUUCUUCACGUAAACGAUCUAGACGAUUAAUUUUGAUCGUUAAUUUAAAGAUACAGCAUUUUUCGAAUUUUGGUAUCAUUCCAUGAAAAAAAUGAUACUGUCAUGAGGGACACUUAUCAAGAAAUAUCGAUAUCGCAUUACGACAGCACAUACAUACGCUACACACAUACAUGUAUAUAUAUAAAAAUAAUAU